GCGAACCAUCCAAGCCUGACAAUGCGACGACCGCAUAUGCGGGCGAAGUAGUUUGAGAUGGCGCCGUGGGGCCGUGUUCUCUGGGCAAUCUACUUGAGGGUUGAGGACCUGAUCGUCGCUCAACUCCUUCGAAGUCCAACAUUUCAUCGGGGCGUCCAACGCAUCCACCGCACCGUCCAAAACCUCCGUCACGGCCGGGAUCCGAGUGAGCCGUUGCGCCCGGGAGAGGCCACAGCCGAGCAGAACGAGUCCAGCAACUUUUUCAAAUAUUUCGUCGAGGAACUCCGAAAUCAGGCCCGCGGGCAGCCGACCGACCCGCCUCCGCCGCCGAAGAAGUAAAAGCGUUCUAGGGCAACUUGGCAGGUCGAUUCUACCAGGAUGGGAGGUUGCAGGCUCCCCUCAUAGAUGCUUAAUUGUCAGAACGCAGGUCAUGACAAAGACGCACACAGGGCGCACCGUGUCCGUCCGAGGAGUGCAGGAGAUAGUACGACCGAGCUGAGUAUUCUCAGCCAUGGCGCAGCCACGGUGUCCUGUGGUUUCCGGUGCCGUUGGUGGCGAUGAGGGAACUGGGACGAGGAAGGCGAGCCCAAAGUGCUGCAGGCUGUCCUUGACUUGCCUGCCGGAACCAGGUCGUGGACCCUGACUCUCUUCGCUUACAUCCGUAACAGCUGAGCGUAGGGUCGAACAUGGAGAUGGUUCUGGGUGUUUUCUUUUUCACAACACGCUGUCAACAUCAGGUUAGAUGGCGAAAGGACAUUUUACCUGAGUGGCUCAGCUGUUUAAACUCUGACAUUAGCAUCUGCUAGUG